AUGGUCUUUCUUCUUGGCUUUCAAAAUCACAACGCUCGGUACAAGUUACUGAAAAGGCGUCAACCAACUCUGUCGGAAGUGGUAUGCUACAACACUAUCUCAAUCUGUUCAUAUCUAUCUAUCUAUCUAUCUAUCUAUCUAUCACAGACAUUUGGUGUCUGUCUGUCUAUCUAUCUCAGUCUCUUAGUGUCUGUCGAUCCUAUUCUCUUAGUAUCUAUCUAUCCAUCUCAGUCUUUAUCUAUCUAUCUGUCUGUCCAUUUCAGUAUUCUAUCUAUCUAUCUAUCUAUCUAUCUAUCUAUCUAUCUAUCUGUCUAUCCAUUUCAGUCUCUAUCUAUCUAUCUAUCUAUCUAUUUCAGUCUCUAUCUAUCUAUCUAUUUCAGUCUCUAUCUAUCACAGUCUCUUCGUAUCUAUCUAUCUAUCUAUCUAUCUAUCUAUCUAUCCAUCCAUUUCACUCUCUAUCUAUCACAGUCUCUUCGUAUCUAUCUAUCUAUCUAUCUAUCUAUCCAUUUCAGUCUCUAUCUAUCACAGUCUCUUCGUAUCUAUCUAUCUAUCUAUCUAUCUAUCUAUCCAUUUCAGUCUCUAUCUAUCACAGUCUCUUCGUAUCUAUCUAUCUAUCUAUCUAUCACAGUCUCUUCGUAUCUAUCUAUCUAUCUAUCUAUCACAGUCUCUUCGUAUCUAUCUAUCUAUCAAUCUCUUCGUAACUAUCUAUCUAUCUAUCUAUCUAUCUAUCUAUCUAUCUAUCUAUCACAGUCUCUUCGUAACUAUCUAUCACAGUCUCUUCGUAUCUAUCUAUCUAUCUAUCUAUCUAUCACAGUCUUUUCGUAUUCAUAUCUAUCUAUCUAUCUAUCUAUCUAUCUAUCUAUCUAUCACAGUCUCUUCGUAACUAUCUAUCAGUCUUUUCGUAUCUAUCUAUCUAUCUAUCUAUCUAUCACAGUCUCUUCGUAA